GCAGGGCGUUGAAAUCUAAAUUAGGAAUUUCCGACAGAGUCCUGCCAAAUUUUGCCGAUGACCGGGCAUAACCAAUUCGACAACCGGUCCGACAUUCUUGCCAGCAGCACUAGUUAACGUUACCACUGGGAAAGCAGCUGGAUAAUGUAUUUUGUCAAGAAAUAUAAAAUCUGAACGAUUGAUAGCCAGAGAUUACGCACACUCCCAAAAAUGACGGAGCCAAAUGAACUCAAGGUUGAAGCCCUCUUGAACAUCAUCAACUCCUCCGCACGCGAAGCAAUGGCGGAAUACAAGAACACUGGACAUGGAGUCCCCGGUAUCGACGCAAAUACUCUCCACCCUCUCGACUUCGCAACGGAUACACUUGCCCUCAGAAAGGCUAUCAGGCUACUCGAGGGUGCGUGUGAGCAAUUGAACACAAUACUGGCUCCCCCCCAACACACAGCAUAUAAUUUUAUCAAUAAUUACAAUUGGGCGUGCACAAACGUCGCCACGCAAUCAUGUAUUGCAGACGUCUUGGAAAAACACCCAGAAGGUCUUAGUGUGGAUGCAUUGGCUGACGCAGUCAACCUUGAUAAGACCAAACUUGCACGUGUCUUGCGAUUGCUGACCAUCAGGGGUUGCUUCAAAGAAGUCAAGCGAGACGUAUUCGCAAACACGCGACUCUCCCUCGUGCUCAAGUCAACAAACGAUGUUGGGUUUAAUUUACAACACCAGCGAGGCUGCCACGAAUUUGCUGCGGUUCUCUAUGAGACCAUGACCAAUCAAGAGUUUGCAAGAUCAAACGAGGUUGAGAAGUCCCCCCGAGCAUUUACUCUCAAAAAGCAAGGCAAAAACAACAGCUUCUGGGAAAUGGACGAAGAAGCUUGCGAAAUAUUUCACAAAUGCAUGCUAGGCCAUUCUGUGAUCCAUGGCUCAUAUACGGCGCUGCACUAUUACCCUUGGGACAAUGUAUCAUCCGUGGUGGAUGUUGGAUCUGGAAUCGGAACAAUAUCUAUUCCUCUGGCGAAAAUGUUCCCUCAUCUCAGAGUAACCAAUCAGGAUCUCCCGGAAACUUUAAAGCUGUCAAGAAAUACAUGGGAGCGGAAUGCUCCUGAGGCGCUGCUCGACGGGCGCGUAGAGUUCGUCCCAUUGAAUUUCUUGGAGGAGUCACCUGUUGUUGGAAAGGAUGUUUACUACUUAAGGAGCAUCAUUCACGACUGGCCGGACAAUGAAGCACAUGUGAUUCUCCGCAAUAUUCGCAAAGUAAUGGGACCAAACAGCCGAGUAUUGAUUCAUGAUUGUGUGCUCUUGCGCAAGUUCGAAGAGCCAGACGUAGUGGCUGAUGAGUCUACUAAGGCGCUCGAACCUGCGUUAUUGAACUUCGGUAGUAACACACCAUACCAAGAUGACAUGACUAUGUGGCUUCUUUUCAAUGGCAAGGAGCGAACCUUGAACGAAUUCAAGAACAUUGGGGCCAGUGCUGGUCUAGUACUCACUCAAACCUAUGAUCUUGUAGGGAUGAUGCUCAUGGAGUUCAGAAUAGCUCAGGACUGAUGCAGGACACAAAUUUGUGAUAUUUUGUUAUUAUACUUUUGCCCUCGAUUGAUCAUAUCAUGAAAGACGGCAACGACAAGGGAAACUUCGUCCUCUAUCGAUCGCGAUUGAUCAAGAUAACCGAGAGCUUCCCUAGUGGUUCCAUCGGAAGCCUCUGCCCCUGCUGUGAGUCGUGCGAUAUUCCCAGUACCGCGUCUCGGACAAGCGGGAAUUUGAAGUAACCGUAACUGGGGUUAGAAAAAGUCAUGUAUAAAAAAGUACUAGUCGACUGAAAGCUAGACAUUGCUAUCCCGUUCAAUCUUCUGCAUUCUUAUGUAGGAGUAAGCCUGGUAUUCUCAACCAGCUUGUUAGUGGAGGAUGAUGCGAGAUGUUCUGAUUCAUUCUGAAUCGCAGAGAUGUAGGCUAACGCAGCAAAAUUUUAGUGUCCAUACUUAUCUCUCUUUCCGAUCUACUUCGGAAUACCAUAUCAAU